AUGGCGACAAGGAGAGAUAGUGUGAAAGAGGUUAACUCAAGUGAGGUUGGUGAUACAAUUUAUGUUGCUGUAUCUAAAGAUGUGAAAGAUAGCAAGUUAAAUGUGAUUUGGGCAAUACAAAAUUCUGGAGGAAAGAUAAUUUGUAUUCUUUAUGUGCAUGUGCCAUCGCCUAAGAUCCCUAUGAUGGGUGCUAAAUUUCCAGCAAGUGCACUGACAAAGCAAGAAGUUGAAGCAUACAGGAAAAAUGAAAGUCAAGACAUGCGCAAGGCUCUUGAUGCUUACCUUCUUAUCUGUCAAAGGAUGGGGGUGAGAGCAGAAAAACUUCACAUUGAAAUGGAUUCCAUUGAAAAAGGGAUUAUAGAACUCAUCUCCAAAUAUAACAUACAAAACCUUGUUAUGGGAGCAGCUUCUGAUAAGCACCAUUCAAGGAGAAUGACUGAUCUCAGAUCUAAGAAAGCCAUCUAUGUAUGUCAACAAGCUCCUUCUUCUUGUUAUAUACAGUUCAUCUGCAAAGGCUAUCUUAUACAUACAAGGAAUACUCAUGCACUCAAGGAUUGCGGUUUGGAUAAAUAUAGAGUAGAGGGAACAUCUACUUUGAUGGAGCAAAUGCAAAAGUCUCCAGUUGGUAACUCAAUUGAGAUCUAG